GCUGGAAGCUAAUAGCUGUUACCCAUUUUCCUAGGAUGUAUUUUUGCAGUUGGAAGCUCUGGUUACAUAUUGUCUCUGAACACAACAGGAUGUUCUCUGUGUUAAGAACAGUGCUUCUCUGAAUCCCUUGAAAAACCACUUGUUACAUUCUCCUCAGACAAUGAGUGAUAGCUCCUUUUAACCUCUUGCAUUCGUUUUAAUCUUUAUUCCUCUUAACUUUCAUUCAAACAUGAGCUUGUUUUUUUUCCCCAGGAGAUGCUAGAGAUAUGAAGGCUAGGAGAGGGAAGAAAUGAAAAAAGUUGGAGAAAACUCUGCUUUCUGUUUUUUUUUUCUGAAAAAAGGGAAAAUUUCAGGGGAAAUGGGUGUAAACUCCCUCCUCCCCUGCCCUGGGCCUUCAAAUUUCUAGGAGAGGCUUCAACGCCUUUUCUUUGCUGUGGCAUGUAGUAUAUUCCCUCAGCUUUAGAAACUGAACUUAAUUCUGUUUGGCCGUUGGCAGUACAGGCUCUGGCAUGAUUAAAGCUGGCUUUGCAGGUGAUCAAAUACCCAAGUACUGCUUUCCAAACUAUGUGGGCAGACCAAAGCAUGUUCGUGUUAUGGCUGGAGCUUUGGAAGGUGACAUUUUCAUUGGACCAAAAGCAGAGGAGCACAGAGGUCUUCUUUCUAUCCGCUACCCUAUGGAGCAUGGCAUCGUGAAAGACUGGAAUGACAUGGAACGCAUUUGGCAGUAUGUGUACUCAAAAGACCAACUGCAGACCUUCUCAGAAGAGCAUCCUGUACUCCUGACGGAGGCUCCACUGAACCCACGUAAGAACCGUGAACGAGCAGCUGAGGUUUUCUUUGAAACCUUUAAUGUGCCAGCUCUGUUUAUCUCCAUGCAAGCUGUGCUUAGCCUUUAUGCAACAGGGCGAACCACAGGAGUAGUGUUGGACUCUGGGGAUGGGGUCACCCAUGCAGUUCCUAUUUAUGAAGGGUUUGCCAUGCCCCAUUCUAUUAUGCGGAUUGACAUAGCUGGCCGUGAUGUCUCUCGUUUCCUUCGUCUUUAUCUCCGGAAGGAAGGCUAUGACUUCCAUACGUCAUCUGAAUUUGAAAUCGUCAAAACUGUCAAAGAGCGGGCCUGUUACCUGUCAAUAAACCCACAGAAGGAUGAGACAUUAGAAACUGAGAAAGCUCAGUACUAUCUUCCAGAUGGAAGCACCAUUGAGAUUGGCCCCGCCCGAUUCCGAGCCCCUGAGCUGCUGUUCCGGCCAGACCUCAUUGGAGAGGAGUGUGAGGGGCUGCACGAAGUUCUGGUUUUUGCAAUUCAGAAGUCUGAUAUGGACUUGAGGCGAACUCUCUUCUCCAACAUUGUGCUUUCUGGAGGUUCAACACUCUUCAAAGGUUUUGGUGAUAGGCUUCUGAGCGAAGUGAAGAAACUGGCCCCCAAGGAUGUCAAAAUCAGGAUAUCUGCUCCACAGGAGAGAUUAUAUUCUACAUGGAUUGGAGGUUCCAUCCUGGCUUCAUUGGACACAUUUAAGAAAAUGUGGAUUUCCAAGAAAGAAUAUGAGGAAGAUAGUUCCCGGGCAAUCCAUCGAAAGACCUUCUAGCCCGGGAGCAUUGUGGGGUCUCCUUGGAGAUUCAUUCUUGUUCCCAGUCACUUUUCUGAGUCUGAGUGUCUGAGGAGCUCCCCGUUUGUGUGUAUGUGUAUGGGUAGAUGAGUGCCAGCAUGACCUGGAUUUUCCCAAGCAAAGGGGAAGGCUGGGGUUUUGAUUUGACUUCUGAUUGGUCGUGCAGGAAGCAGGUGAGAAGUUGGAAUGAACCUGUGGGAAAACUCUGUUCCGUGUUCAGUUGGCCCCAUGAACUUUUGGGGCAGGAAGGAAGUACGUUUGUGUUACAAAAAAUGGCGGCUUAGAAACUGAGCAACUUAGCAGGAUGGAAAUGAAAGUGCAGUACAGCAGCUGGUGUUUGGGCUCCAAACAGUUGGUUGAAGAGCAUGGGCCAGGUUGAAGGUCUGUCAUGGAACUCCAAGCACAGAAGCUGCCUAUUAUUCAGUUCCUCUCAGUUGCUCUGCAGGGUUUUUUAGAUGGCCAUUUCAUUGUUUCCCUCCCUUUACUUUACAGUUCCCUCACACACAAAAAAGCACAUUCUGGGCUGUUACAAACAUUUACUGCUAUCUUUGUGCACGCGUGUGAGAGAGAGAGAGAAUCUGUAGGAUGUUGUGUGAGCAAUUGGACCACAACAGAAUGGUUGGAGCAGUUUAUUUUAGGAAAUAGUUUGUAAUGUAGAACAGAAACACCCUUCCUUUGUUUUAUUCUAGACAGUCCUUGUCUUGGCAUCCAGAGAUGAGGCAGUCACCUGUUGUGCAGCCAUGUACCCUGGGCCCCUCUGCAGUACACUGUGGCCCCAUUCUCCUUCUACCAAACUCCUCCCCUGCCUAAUAUGUGUUCUAACAGUUUACAGUGUUCAUUCUUUCUGAAAGGCAGAGGCUUUUUGCCCAUGUCACAAUCCCCGCACAAACGGCUAUUCAGCCAUGUUUGCUGGAAGCCAUGUAAUUGUUUUUAGAAUUAUUUUAUUUAUUGAACAUUUUUAGUGAUAACUGAAUUACUAACUGGACCCAAAGUUAGUUUUUCUCCAGAUUUUCUCUGUCCUACUGUACUAUAUUUCCUGUUGUUUUAACACCAGAACCGACAUUUUAAAUUCCAUACUUGCUUAGUAGUGUUGGGUCAGCCUUGCAGCAAUCCCCAGUCCUUAGAGUACCCUGUUACUUUUGGAGUGGUUGUUUCCAUGAAUGCACUGCAUGAUGAAACAAUAAAACUUUAUUAGAAUACUAGGAGUUGAGUAAGAGACCUCCAGAGGGAGGUUUUUGUUCCAGAGUUAAUCUCUUUGACUGCUUUUGUGCUGUUACAGAAACAGAAAGGAAAAGCAAUCUGCUUUGAAUGAAUUUUUUUAUUGUUUGUUUUUUUAAAAAACACAUUUGGUGCUUAUUGUAGAGUUUUUUAAUGCUGCUGCUGAAACCAGAUAUUUUACAUUCUUGGCCACUUAAGUAUUAGAAGACAAGGCAACAGGAAACAAGUCUUAUGGCUCUUUAUAGCCAAAUGUUGGAAGAGAAACUGCAAGAGGAAGCAGGAGUGCAGGGACUCGGGCAAUCCAAGAUGGAGACAGAGACCAAGUAUUUCCUGUUUGCUACUGUUGGUAUAUUUUGAAUGCGGUCCAGUUGUGUUUUGUUUGGCUCAUCUGCUUUCUCAGAAAAUGUCAUUGGGACUGGAAUAGGCAAAUUAGAUUCUUAGUAGCAUCCUGCAUCUCUUUAGUGCUUAAAACUGUCUGGCUGAAGGACAAGAAAAAAUCUCUUGGCCUGUCCUGUAAAAUGGACAGGUAGUUAAAAUGCAAUGCAAAUUUUGUAGAUGAUGCAACACCCUUGCAGUGUUUUUUAAAAAGUAUAUAAUCUUGCAAAUAAAAAUGUGGGAUUUUAGCUGUGACAAUAUAAACUUUCCUUGUCCUUCAGUCCCUUCAUAAUUGUAAAAGUAGAGGUGCGCUUGGGAAGGGUAGGUUUUUGAAUUAGGAUAACUGGCUUGCACUUAAGGAGGAAAGAAAGUGGACGUAUAUCAGAGCUAAGUAAACAAGAUAAGUUUUAUUCUUCUGGAUGCCAAGUUGAACCUGGUGUUUAAGAGAAAGAUACAUGCUACUUCAGAGCAUUUCCUCUCUUCUACCUGUAAAGAGGAUGUGCUUGGACAGAGUGGUGUCAUUAAUGAGUCCUGAACAGGAUCUCAGCAAUAUUCCCUUAUCUUAAGUUCUAAGUAACAUGGUCCAUAGGUGAUGCAUUAUGAAGCUUCCCCAAACAGGAGUGGGUGAGACUCUGCCUUGGCAGUAAAUGCUGCGCAAUGUAGACACUUUUUGCAUCAUUGUAUUAGGAGUUAGCCACCGAAAGGUAGCACAGAACUAUGUUUGGUUUCUGAGUUUACUGGGAGAAAUAAAUUGUUGAUAGUGGGCAGGAAGCCGCUCUGCAGUAACAAUCUGUAAGAUCGGGGGGUAGGGUAUCCUCUCAGUGCUCUUCCCUGUGCUUAUACUUUUACAGUAGAUUGUCUGUUAUGGGUUUGAUAAUCUCAGGAGUACCCUUAAGUCAGGUGCACGGCCAGGAGAGCACACCUUACCUGUGGACCCCCAGAUGUUGUUGGACUCCAGUUCCCAUCAGCCCAGUGAGCAUGGCUAAUAAUAAGGGAUAAUGGGAGUUGUAGUCCAGUAUAAUCUUGAGGGUCACAGGUUCCUCACUCUUGCUUCAGACAGUAACAGUUAAUACCACUUCAUCAGUUUUUCAUUUGGAGUAAAAUGAAGUUUCUCUUAGAAUGAGCCUAGCACCUUUUGGGUGGAAUCCAGAUCCUGGUUUAAUCAACUCCCAACAGGAUGUAAAAGUCUGUGGCAUCCCUGAGUGAGACUUUGACAUUGGCCUGCUUUGGUGAUUCCUGUUGAACUUAGUCGCUUGGAUUUUCAGCCUAGGUUUAACCAAGUAUGUUUUUGCUAUUUGGGAGACAGAAGCCUGAGUAGUAAGUAGAUCUGAAUUUGCAUGCAGACAAAAUUCUUUACUGUGACAUCUCAUAUUCAUCCAGCAGUGGCAGCAGCAACAAGAAGCUUAAAUGUGAUGGGGUAUUUUGACCAAUACUGAGCCCAGGUCUUAGAGGUUAUUUCAGUGGAACAGUUACCUAAGGGCAGUCUCCACUAUUAGCUUCUCCACUGGCAAGAUAUAUGUCUGAGAUGUUUUAUGGAGGACUACUAUACAAUUUAUGACCUUCUGCCACAGGAAGGAGAGAAUGGCCCAUAUUGUUUGCUUUAUGCUAUAAGAAUGUGAUUUUGUUUGACCGAACUGUCUGAAAGGCAUGCCCAGUAUAGGUUGUUAUAUAGAUUUUUGCUCAGUUUCCACCUGGUGUAGAGCUGUUACUCUCUAGUAACUGUUUAAAAACUUUUUUGCUUUAAUUACAUUUCUAAUUGCAAUCAUGAGGGAUAGUAACUAUAGGCAACACAUGUCAGCUUGUACUGGUAGAAGUGACAGAGCGCAACUCCUAGCUUAGUUGUAAUAGGCCAUGUUUAGGGCAAUAUGUAUGAGAGGCAGCAUAAAAAUCCCUGUUAGCUCCCUCCCCUCCUUUCAUUCAGUGUGAUUUUUCCUUGUUUUUGACAUCAGGUAUUGGAGCAGCAAUGUUACAUAUUGAACAAACUAACAGGUGCUUUCUACAACUUAGCAUUGGUUCUAUCAGGCUGACACUGUCCUUUGCACAUAUGUGUGAACCACUGCUGGGUGCUGCCCAAUGUACUUAAAUAAAGUUAUUAAUAUACA